AUGACGGGUUCCUCAAGUCCUUCAGGGCGACUGUUUCUUGCACAGUUCCUUCAGUCCCACAUUGUAUCUAUUCAGUAUUGGCCAACAGCGCCGCCGCUACAGCUUAGGGCCCAACAGCGCCGCCGCUACAGCUUAGGUCAAGGUGAUAGCGCUCGACAAGUGGUGCCGAACCCCGGGAAACUGACAUUAACGGCACACGGGGACCCUUCAGGAGACUGGAGAGGAUUCAGAACUGUGGCACAAAGACAUGAGAGAACCUGGAUGUUUCCUGUGUUCAAGGAAGAUGGGAAUCGUACCCAUCACCCUCUUGAGCAUAAACAGGUUAAAGAAUUGGUAGAGUCUGUUCGAACUUAUGGUAUCAGCACGAACUACACUCUGUCACAAAUAGAAAGACUGUCCAUGGUGGCCAUGACUCCCUUGGACUGGAUGUUAACUCCCUUGGACUGGAUGUUCGUUGUGAAGGCUUGUCUCACUAUGGGACAAUACUUAGAGUGGAAGGCCAUAUGGCAUGAUUUGAGUCAGUCACAAGCCUGCGCUAACGCAUCAGCGGGGCAGCCCGCUUGGACAUUUGAAAUGCUCACUGGACAAGGCCAAUGGACAAAUAAUCAGACAGUGUAUCCUUUAGAGGUCUAUGUUCAGAUUAACACAUGUGCUGUUAAGGCCUGGAAGGCACUUCCUAAUAGAGGGGAAGUAUCAGGGAACCUUACAAAAGUCAUUCAGAGACCAAAUGAACCAUUUUCAGACUUUGUAGCAUGUAUGAUGGAGGCCGCAGGAAGGAGUUUUGGAGAUCAAGAACAGGCUAUGCCCUUAAUAGAACAACUAGUUUAUGAACAAUGCACCAAGGAAUGUAGACAAGCCAUAACUCAUUGGAAAGGAAAAGGCUUACAAGCUUGGCUUAAUGCUUGUAGAGAAAUAGGAGGUCCUUUGACCAAUGCAGGACUGGUGGCCGCCAUUUUACAAGGACAAAGAAAGGGCAAUAUGGCGGACAAGAACAAGACUUGUUUUCAAUGUGGCAAAAUGGGACAUAUACAAAAGAAUUGUAGGGAGUGCAUGUCAGGACCUAAGAGGAUGCCAGGAAUCUGUCCCUGA